AUGCGCAUUGAGGGCAAGUGCAGGGCAUGGCGUAAAGAGGCUGUCGCAUACUUCAAGCGAGGCCGUACAGAUGCGAAGAAAAGCGCAUCUGCCACAGAGCUACGCAUCGAGCAAUUGGAGAAGGCCGACACCGCUGGUGAACGAGUUCCAGACAUCGACACUCCCGUGCCAAUUACAAUUCCCGCAGACGGUGAGGGUGAGAAGGAGAAUACGAGACCGGCGAAGAGCAAGCCCGUAUCCCCACCGUCAUCUGCGAGGUAG